UAAGAGCUCAGUGUGGGUGGUUGUGUUUAAGUCAAUGUUGUAUGUUUUCUGCGGGGUUUUCCAACAUUCUCCUGCUACCACAAGAAAUGAAACUGUUGCUGCAGUUUAUUCUCCUGACAGUCGGACUGGCUGCUGGCUACCGAAGUCCCCUGAAUGACUUCCAGCGCUCAGAGGGCAGAGAGCUGGUUCCCACCCCCUGGAACGCAGCUCGAGUGUUGUUGUUGACGGGUCUGAACCUCGAGGACUGUGCCACUCGCUGCUCUCAGUCUCUGGACUGCAGAGCGUUCAACUACGAGACACGUCCUUUUGUCUCCUGUAAACAUCUGCCGUGGGUCGGUGACGGGAGCAACGCAGAGGUGAAGAGGAACGUAAACUGUGAUCUUUAUGAAAAGAAAGUCUAUGUCAGAAAGUGCAUCGUGGGUAAAGGAGAAGACUACAGAGGGAAAGUCUUCCUCACAAGAAGCGGGCUCACCUGCCAACAGUGGUGGUCCAAGUUUCCUCAUGAUCACAGGUGGACUCCCACAGCUACCAACGGUUUGGAGUUGAACUACUGCAGGAACCCAGACGGAGAUCGGAUCGGUCCGUGGUGCUACACCACCGACCCUGAGCGCCGUUAUGAAAGCUGCAACAUCCCCCAGUGCAAAGAUGAUGUAUGCAUCACAUGUAAUGGAGAAGACUACCGAGGGCAGGUUGACCACACUGUGAGUGGCCGAGAGUGUCAGAGAUGGGACCAGCAGUACCCUCACCAACACAUCUACCAGCCUGAAAAAUACCCUGAUAAGAGUUUAGAUGACAACUACUGCCGUAACCCCGACGCCUCUCCGGUGCCGUGGUGUUACACCACAGACACUGAGGUGGAGAGGGAGAACUGUGAGAUCCGCAAGUGCACUGAGGUGCGGGUGGAGAAACGCCAGCGCUCCAGCUUCACCACUAACUGUUUCCGCAGCCGUGGGGAGGAUUACCGCGGUAAAGUCAACGAGACAACAUCAGGUAUCCCCUGUCAGCGGUGGGAUGCCCAACAACCUCAUGAGCAUCCCUUCUACCCGAACACAUACGAAUGCAAGGGUUUGGAGGAGAACUACUGUCGUAACCCAGAUGGGUCGGAGGCUCCCUGGUGCUUCACAUCUGUGCCAGAGAUGAGGACUGCUCUCUGCUUACAGAUCAAACGCUGUGCAGACGACAUAGAGGCUGAAGAUUGCUACCACGAAAAUGGAAAAAACUACAGAGGAAUGGUCCGCAAAACUCGUAAGGGGAUCACCUGCCAGAAAUGGAACGUCAACACACCUCACCGGACCAAGAUAAACCCAAGGACGCAUCCUGAGGCCAACCUGACGGAGAACUACUGUCGUAACCCAGAUGGGGACCAGCACGGACCCUGGUGCUACACCACCGACCCCAAAACUGAGUUUGACUACUGUGCCAUCAAACAGUGUGCUGGAGAGAAAGUGCCAAUGACUGAAUCAGUAGAGAAUGUGGAGUUCAGUGAGUGUGGGAAGAGAGACGAGCGCAUCCUGAGGAGGACGCGUAUUGUGGGUGGGAUUCCUGGGAAUUCGCCGUGGACAGUGAGCCUCAGAGACAGGAAAGGAAACCAUUUCUGUGGAGGAUCCAUGGUUAACCCCAGAUGGGUGAUCAGCACCAAGCAGUGUUUCUCCUCCUGCUACGUUGACCUGCCCGGAUACUCGGCCAGGAUGGGAACACUGUAUCGUGAUCCUCAAGAAGGAGAGCCUGGUGUGCAAACUAUCCCUCUGACAAAGAUUGUCUGCGGACCCUCGGAGUCUCAGCUGGUCAUGCUUCAACUGGAAUACCCGGCUCAGUUUAAUGAGCGUAUCUCUCAGAUCUGCCUCCCUCCUGAGCGCUACAUUGUAGCUGAGGGGACUACUUGUGAGAUCGCAGGAUGGGGUGAGACCAGAGGGACUGGAGAUGAGACUGUCCUCCAUGUGGCCCAAAUACCAGUUCUCAGUAACAAGGAAUGCAACAAAUACUUUAGAGGUCGUGUUCGUGAGAAUGAGAUGUGCACCAACUCUUUCCAGGGCGGAGUGGGCGCCUGUGAGAGAGACUACGGCGGCCCUCUGGCGUGUCGGAACAGCGACUGCUGGGUACUUGAGGGUGUGAUCAUCCCCAUGAGGCGCUGUGGACACCCGGGGCAGCCCAACAUCUUCAUCCGUGUCUCUGUCUACGUUGACUGGAUCAAGAAGGUCAUGGAGAUGGCUUAGAACCAGAGACUGCCAUCCAGCAGGAACUGAUCAAAUUUGCUCAACCCUCAGGACCAGUUUUUCACUUAACCAUAUACAUUUUUUCCUUCUAAGAUGUCUGUUUAAAACAUUAAAAAAAUUUACAUUAAGAUGCAUAGUCAGAUUUUAUUAGUUAAAACAUUAAGUUAAAAUGCUAUUAUAUCAUAAAAAAGAAAUGUUCAUUCAUGGAGAAAAUGCAAAGACGGCACAGUCAUUUCUUACAGUAUUUGAUCUGCUUUAAAUUAAUUUUAUAUAUGCAUUUACAUUUAGUGAAUUUUCACAGCCAGACUAACUGACUUUCAGACGCAUCAGUCGGGGCAUUUAAGCUAUGAGCAGAAAACAUCUUUAUCCCCAAAACAUAAUCAAGUUCGUUGAGAUGCAAAACAAUGCAGAGAAGAUUUAUCAUAUAAAUGAAGUUCAGUAAAAUUCAGCAGAUUCCGUGUUUAGCAUUUAUAAGCAAUGCAUAUACAUUUAAACUAUAAUGUAGUUGUUGGCAGAUAUAAAGACAUUUAAUUGUUUACAGUUUUGUUCCAUGGUUAUAACUUUUCCCAUAUAUUUUAUAUUAUUAUAUUGUGUAUUAUUAUCUGUUUAUACACUAGCCUCCACUUGCUGCAUGCCCACAUGAGGUGUUAUAGUCAUUGACAAAUACAUUAAUAAACACUGCCUGCAAAAAAAUGUUUUGUGUUUUACAAACAAUUUAUUGUAAGUUUAUAUACUGCUUAUAAAUGCUAAACAUUGGGACUUAAAGUUAAGUGUUAGAACUGUUUUGUUAUUUAUUCUCUAAGAAAUAAAAGGGAUGCAGGGGUAAAAAACUAAUUUAGCCCCACAGGUUCAGAGGAGAAUAACUGAGAAUAAGUAACUCCCAAUAAAAGUGGAGGUGUGCAGGGUUUACAGCACACAUUUUAAGUUCCUAACAUCCCCUGGAAAUGCACCCUUUACCACAAAACUGUAUGCCUCCCCCUCCUCCCCUUGGCAUUGAAUGGAGCUCCAAAAUACCUUCUUUGCCCCCAGCCUCUAAAGAAAUCCCUCCUCUGCCUGUCUUUUGAUGCCUGCCCCCACCUCUAAAGACAUGCCUUUGUGCCUUAUGCAGAACUGUAUGCGCUGCACAUUCUUUCUAGUUCUAUAGGAGGAUUUUUGUAACCCGGUCCUGAUGAGCCCACGGAAUUCAGCUUAAAUAAACCUCAAGAUCAGAGUCCGACCGAAUCUCAGACACACCGGCCUGCAGAGGGCCACUGAACUCACACACACAUACACACACUGACACACACACACACACACACACAAUUCUUUCUCCUGCCCCCCCCCCCCAUAUCCCCCAUUCUAUCCGUCUGUUUUCUGUCGCUUCGAUAUUUUCACACUUUUUCCUUUUGUCUGGAAAAUCUGAAAAUACUGACAUUUCAGAACUAGUAGGACUGAAGUGUAGAAGAAGUUCCCUUAAACUAAUGAUGCCAAUUAUCCUCCUGCUGCACACAGCUUUUAGAAAUGGCAGGUUGACGGUUAUGAUUUCAGCGUCAUUCUGUUCACUUUCAUUUAGUAAUAUCUAUAGUGGAUGACUAAUCAGAUUCAUAUGAGACUAGCAGUUCUCACCAACUGUUUAAGCAUAAAGCUUCUGGGAAACCUGAAUACAUUUUUAAUACAUAGUAAUAAUAAUAUUAAUUUCUUUUUUUUAAUUUUGUUUAAUGCCUUUAAAUGUGUAGGUUGAAUGAGAUCAUUUUCAAUCUGUGAAUGAAUGUGAAUGUGAUGCAGGUUUUUUCUUUCAAAAUGUGUUAGUCAGAUUUCAAGGGAUAUUUAAUCUAUGAAUUUAUGAAUUAUAUUAAUAAACUGAAACUAUAAAGAAUCUAAAUGGAGCCCUGUGCUUCAUCUUUGUAACCUAAAGCUUUAUAUUUUGGUCUCAUGCCAGCAUGCUCACCUGACAUGACUCCACGCCGCCCCUGGAAUGUGUAUUCACUGUGGUUCAAUCAUGUCGGUCUCUGUUUAUCAGUUUGUG